CGGUCUUCUAUUGUCAAUUUACCAACCCACAAACCAAAAAAAGGAAACCAAAAACAAAACAAAAAACAUCAAAAGUCAAAACAAUGCCGUCAGCAGCGACUUCAGCUCCGGCGACUACUCCGCCACCACCACCGAACUUUUGGGGAGACAUGCCGGAGGAAGAAUACUACAUUUCACAAGGAUUGCGUAACACCAAAUUAUACUUCGAGACACCCAACGGCAAGCUCUUCACUCAGAGCUUUUUACCGUUAGAUGGUGAGAUCAAAGGGACUGUGUAUAUGUCUCACGGCUACGGAUCUGAUUCUAGCUGGAUGUUUCAGAAGAUCUGUAUCAGUUUCUCAACUUGGGGUUACGCUGUUUUCGCCGCCGAUCUUCUUGGUCACGGCCGUUCCGAUGGGAUCCGCUGCUACAUGGGUGAUAUGGAGAAAGUUGCAGCAACAUCAUUAGCUUUCUUCAAGCAUGUUCGUUUUAGUGAUCCGUAUAAGAAUCUUCCGGCUUUUCUCUUUGGUGAGUCUAUGGGAGGUCUUGUGACGCUUCUCAUGUAUUUUCAAUCCGAACCUGAUACUUGGACUGGAUUGAUCUUUACGGCUCCUCUCUUUGUUAUCCCCGAGGAUAUGAAACCAAGCAGGCCUCACCUUUUUGCUUACGGUCUUCUCUUCGGUUUGGCUGAUACGUGGGCGGCAAUGCCGGAUAAUAAGAUUGUUGGGAAGGCUAUUAAGGACCCUGAAAAGCUUAAGAUCAUUGCAUCUAACCCACAAAGAUACACAGGGAAACCUAGAGUGGGAACGAUGAGAGAGUUACUGAGGAAGACCCAAUACGUUCAGGAGAACUUCGGGCGAGUUACUAUUCCGGUAUUUACGGCGCACGGGACAGCGGAUGGAGUAUCAUGUCCUACAUCGUCGAAGCUACUAUAUGAGAAGGCAUCGAGCACUGAUAAAACGUUGAAGAUAUAUGAAGGGAUGUACCAUUCGCUGAUUCAAGGAGAGCCUGACGAGAACGUUGAGAUUGUGUUGAAGGAUAUGAGAGAGUGGAUUGACGAAAGGGUCAAGAGGUAUGGAUCUAAAACCGCUUGAACAAAACCUACAUUUGUGUGUUACAAGAACAUGAAGAGAAAUGUAUAUUGAUGUUAUGAUCCAUAUAGUUGAUUUGAUUUGUUUUCUUGUCUGUUGUAAUCUAAGACCAGGACUCUUGUGAUGUAGUAAACUAUAUAUAUCAUGGAUUUGCAGACAUUAUACUA